AGGAAAAGUGGAGCUGUGGGCCUUUCAUCUCUGUCAUCAGCGGUGGCACCUGGCAGACACUGGACACCACGGCUUGCAGACAAAGACUUGGCCUCUGGGGGAGGGACGGUCCUUCACUGAGCUUAAGACAGCCCCUGCCUGAAAGACCCUUCCGAGCCGCGGAGAUGCCUUCAAUUAAGUUGCAGAGUUCUGAUGGAGAGAUAUUUGAAGUUGAUGUUGAAAUCGCUAAACAGUCUGUGACAAUCAAGACCAUGUUGGAAGAUUUGGGAAUGGAUGAUGAAGGAGAUGAUGACCCAGUUCCUCUACCAAAUGUUAAUGCAGCAAUAUUAAAAAAGGUCAUUCAGUGGUGUACCCACCACAAGGAUGACCCUCCUCCUCCUGAGGAUGAUGAGAACAAAGAAAAGCGAACAGACGACAUCCCUGUUUGGGACCAAGAAUUCCUGAAAGUUGACCAAGGAACCCUUUUUGAACUUAUUCUGGCAGCAAACUACCUAGACAUCAAAGGCUUGCUUGAUGUUACAUGCAAGACUGUCGCCAAUAUGAUCAAGGGGAAGAGUCCUGAGGAGAUUCGCAAGACUUUUAAUAUCAAAAAUGAUUUCACUGAAGAGGAGGAAGCCCAGGUACGCAAGGAGAACCAGUGGUGUGAAGAGAAGUGAAAUGUGCCUGACGCUGUAACACUAUAAGGAUUGUUCCAAAUACUAGUUGCACUGCUCUGUUUAUAAUUGUUAAUAUUAGACAAACAGUAGACAAAUGCAGAAGCAAAACAAUUGUAUUAGCAUAAUAUUGUCUUCAUUGCAUGUGUAGUUUGAGUUACAGAUUCC